AUGAAGGUCUUCGUCGUUCUCGCUGCCAUCGUUGCUGCCGUUGCCGCGGCCCCACAGUACCCCGAAAUGUCGUACAACGCGUACAACAUGCCAAUGCCGCAGGAGCCCCGUUACGAGGCGUACAAUGCUCAGCCACAGUACGAGUCCCAAUACCAGUACCAGCCGCAGUAUCAGUCGCAGUCGCAGAGCGAACAGCUGACCGCCGAUGGUUACAAAAUCGUCCCCGGUGUCGUUGAUGCCCGCUGUCCCCGUGCUGACGACCCGAUGAAGCCGGUCCAUCUGGUGGUGAACGGAAACUGUGGCAAGUUCAUGAAGUGCUUCGGUGGCCGUGCCUACGAGAUGGACUGCCCGGCCGGUCUGGAGUUCGGUGCCAAGGUGAACCGUUGUGACUAUCCUGCCCUUGCCCAGUGUUCCCGCUUCUAA